AUGGCCGACGUCCAGACUCACACGCAGAAGCCGGCCAGCGACAGCGGCAAGGACGGCGUCUCUGUCUACCUGGACUCGGACAAUGCCGGCGCUGUUGGCCGCGAGAACCUCUCCGACCUCGUGCAACCGCACGAGUCCUACGAGGGAAAGCAUCGAUGGGAUCCCGCCGCGACCUGGACCGCAGCCGAGGAAAGAAAGGUUGUGCGCAUCACGGACCUCAAGCUGCUAUCGAUGCUGUGUGUAAUGUUCUUUGGUCUCCAAUUGGACAGAGGAAACUUGAGCAACGCUCUGGCCGAUGAUUUCCUCAAGGACAUGAAGCUCACCAGUGAUGAUUACAACAACGGAAAUACAAUUCAGCUGGUCUGUUUCCUGGCCGCCGAGUUCCCCGUCCAGCUCCUCACCAAGCGGUUCGGUUUCAAGUAUGUGCUGCCGACCCUGAUGAUGAUGUGGGGCACCGUCUCCUGGGGGCAGGCCUGGAUGACGACCCGCGCCGGUUUCUACGUUACGAGGGCCCUCAUCGGAGCCUGUGAGGGCGGUUUUAUCCCUGGCACCAUUCUCUUCGCGACCUACUUCUACACGUCCAAGGAGCUGUCGGUGCGACUGGCCGUGUUCUGGUCCACGUUGAACAUUGCGCGAGUCAUCUCGGCGCUGCUGGCUGCGGGUAUCCUACAGAUGCGUGGCAUUGGGGGACACCCAGGCUGGUUCUGGUUGUUUCUGCUGGAAGGCCUUCUCACCUGUGUCUUAGCCGUUCUGGCUUUCUUCUGGCUCCCUCAGUCUCCCACCAACACCAAGACACCCCUCUGGAGAAAGCCGUGGUACACGGAGAGACAGGAGGUUAUCAUGAUCAACCGUAUCCUCCGCGACGACCCGGCUAAGGGCCUUACGGCACUCAAGGAGCCGGCGACUUGGAAAGACAUCAAGAACGCGUGGUCCGACCCAUCGAUGUGGGGUCUGUACCUCAUCGGCCUCGUCGCCUACAUCCCGGCGACCCCCGUGCAGGCCUACCUCACACUGACGCUCCGCCGCAUCGGGUUCACAACAUUCAACGCCAACAUGCUCACAGUCCCCUCGGCGGCUCUGCAAAUCGUCACCAUGCUUGCGCUGGCCUUCAGCAGUGACUACUUCAAGGAGCGCGCGUUCCACUGCAUUUUUGGCGAGCUCUGGAUUAUGCCCCUUCUCAUCUCGCUGGUCACGCUUCCCGACGGCGGCCGGGAAUGGUCUCGUUUCUCUAUCAUCACGCUCAUUUCGGGAUACCCCUACUUCCAUCCGAUCGUGUCGUCAUGGAUCUCGGAGAACACGUUCGACGUCAAGAAGCGCGCCAUCACGGCGGCGACGUACAACGUCAUCGUCCAGAUCGGAUCCCUCGCCGGUGGGCAGAUCUACCGCUCCUACGACUCUCCCUACUACAAGCGCGGCAACACGGCCUGCGUGUCCAUCUGCGCGUUUAGUCUUGUCGUGUUCCUGGUGCACCGCCAGGUGCUGGUGACGAUGAACAAGCGCAAGGAGAGAGCAUGGAACGCCAUGUCGGCUGAGCAGCAACACGCGUACCAGAACGACUCGGCGGCGCGUGAGCGGGACGGAAACAAGCGGUUGGAUUUCCGAUUCGUCUACUAG